GGCGGCGGAAGUGACGCCAGGCCGGAGGCCGGGGCUUCCGGUGCGCAGGCCACAGUGGCCCGGCUACCAAUGGAGGAGCCCGCGGGGAGGUGAUUUUCCUUCUUCUUCUUCUUCUGCUUCUCCUCCCCAUUUCCCUCUCCCUCCCCGGCUCGCUUCCGGCGGCCCCCCCGCCUCGCUCGCUGCCGCUGCGGGAGCUGCUUUCCCCCGAGUCCGCGGCCGCUGCGGCCUCUACGCCGCCCUCCCCGCACUCUGGGUGAGCGCAGAGGAGGAGGAGGAGCGGGGGGGGGUGAGCCGGGCCUUGUUUACAUGGAAGGGGAGGGCGAGCGGGGAGAGGUUCCGCCUUCCUUUGGGCGGGGGGGACUGAGGGUGAGUUUCAGGGCUUGGGGUGCGGGGUUUUUUUUUGGGGGGGUCCUUUCCUGUUAGACCCACACGGGGUGGGAACCAGCGAGGGGGUCCCGGCGCUCUUCCCACUCCCACAGGCAGGCGGGUGGGUGGCUGGGGGGCAAUGUUGUGGGCGAAACCUUCUCCCACCCCCGCCUUUGGGACCAGCCCACUUAGCCCUGCCAGCUUCAUCAUAUUUUAAUGUUGUAUUUUAAUCUUGUUUUUAAGUUCAACUUUUUUAUUAUUGCUUCUUAGCCGCCCUGAGCCUGGCCUUGGCUGGGGAGGGUCGGGCUAUAAAUCAAAAUUAUUAUUAUUAUUAUUAUUAUUAUUAUCCAAAGAAUGUCGGCUAUGCGCUCGGGCGCUUCCUGAGCCUCCCUAGAGAAAGGGAAAAUGGGGAGGGGGAUGGUGGGAGAGGUCCGUUGUAGGUUAUUGGUGCCGGAGCUGCCUCUUUGUCCAUGCACUGUGUUCCUUCCCACCACCACCACUCGCAUGCGAAUUGAUUUACACCUCCCCUCCCUGCACCUGCCUCGGCAUCAGAGUGGCUGCUCUAGCGUUAGGUAUUACUGCAAGUGGGUGCUAAACGUUUUAAGUUGGCCUCCCUCAACCUACCGUAGUCACCCACGUGUGUCCAAAACAUCUGGGAUGGCAGCAGGCUGGAGUAGGCUGAAGCUUAAGUAGUGCCACCUGCGUGUGAGUCUGCGUAUGUGAGUCUGCGUACAGGUUAUGCAAAUACAGUGGUACCUCGGGUUAAGUAAUUAAUUCGUUCCGGAGGUCCGUUGUUAACCUGAAACUGUUCUUAACCUGAAGCACCACUUUAGCUAAUGGGGCCUCCUGCUGCUGCCGUGCCACCGGAGCACGAUUUCUGUUCUCAUCCUGAAGCAAAGUUCUUAACCUGAGGUAAUAUUUUUGGGUUAGCGGAGUCUGUAACCUAAAGCGUAUGUAACCUGAAAUGUAUGUAACCCGAAGUACCACUGUAAUAUCUUUUGGAAGGAAGCAAAAUGUGUGUAUUGCAGUAGACAUACAGUCUACAUUUAACUGUUCAUAAGAUGGGGGAAGGGUAUCACCACAGAGUAUUUAGCAGCAGAUGAAGUCUGUGCGGAAAAUUAUUUAACUUUUAUGUUUUGUGUGUACAGGUAGCAUUUGCAAUGUGGUACAGAAGGCACUUCCAAGUGGAAGCUUUUGCCUAGGCAGGUUUGAAUGUGUGAGCUUUGCUUCUUGAGCAUAGUUAACUGCCAUACAGACGUCUUUGUCAACUUCAACUAAGUCUGUGUCCCAGCCACAUUUGCAUAAUUUGCUGGGACUUGGGUAGUUAAGGGAUAGGUUGCUACAGAGCAGGCCACUUUGCUUUUGUUAUGUUAGGUGGUCCCUAUUCUGAAAGGAAUACUCUUGAUUUAGUGAGGAGUUAUUUUACAGAGCGGGGGCGGGGGAGAGAAUCUGUGGGUUUCCAGGUGUUACUGGUCUGCUACUCCCAUAAUCCCUGGCCGGAAAUGAUGAGAGCUGAAGUCCAACAUCAUUUGGAGAGUCACAGGUUCACUGUUUCUUCUCAAGAGUUAUGUAAUUAUUUGCUUCUGAUUGAAAUUUUCCCUUGUGUGUGGAUAUUACUUAAAGUAGCUUUGGACUAAGGCUCAUAAUUGUCACAAAUUAUUUCUGGAUAUAUAUAGUAUUCAUGGGUAGUUCUGUCUCCUGAAGGCAUUGUAUAAUCUUCUUUUAAAACUGGGCAUUUCAUACUGUAGAUAAGUGCUCAACACAAAUUUCUUACAUUCUCCAUGAUACAUUGAGCUGAUCUUGUAUGUCAGAGCUGUGUCAAAGCAUUCAAAGGACCAGUCACCUUUCAAAAAACGAAGUUUCUCUGUAGUUGUUUCACUAUCCGAGUCAAGUUGUUGUAGCAAAAUAAUUGCAGUAGUCUUAAUGUCCUAAUCUGGCAUACCUAGGUUUGGGAACAGAUAUUGAACUACUGUUACCCAUGUGGAUAAUAGAAUUCCUUGGUCCAAUUCAUGUCACACUACAGUUUGCCUAAGACAACUGAAUCUAGUACAGAGUUAAUCAGUUCCUAGCGGCUACUGUUGACAGUAAUGAAAACAAACAGGUGCAGGACAAGAGACUGAUUUGGAGCAGGGGGAAGUGUCUGAUCCCAGAAUUCAGAUGUGAAUGUAUUGGGCCUCCUUCUCCAAUCUGGUGCCCGCCAGAUGUUUAGUAUUACAUCAGGUUGGAGAAUGCUGGUACAAGCAACCCCUGAUUUGAGUGGGAGUUGUGUUCCUGGCCCCUGUGUGCAUCAGGGGAGUGCACAUAAGCCUGUUCUGCCCUCUUCUGGGUCCAAAACAACCCCUGUGCCAGUGGUCACACAUCAAUUGAAUGUGUGCUAAAUAGUUGCCACCUGUAUUGGGCAUCUGUGUCCCCUUACACUGUGUUGACUGUCUCUCAUGUAAAUAAACAUUGGAUGUAAUUUUUAGUAGAAUCCUGUGGAAUCUACAAAAUCUGUAGAAUCCUGGAAAUUGACCAAUUAAUUCUUAUUUUAUUUACUUAAGACAUUUCUUCACUUCCCUUUAGCCACAAAGGCUCUUAGAGCAACUGACUUAACCAAUGAUAAGAUGAUGCCUUCCCUAAGGCUUGCAAUCUAAAAAGACAUGGCAUAGGAGGAAAAAAGAAUGUGAGAGAGCAGGGAAAGCAAACUCAGGCACAAGCUCUUAUAAUGCACUUACAUGGUUCUGUCUGUGAAGAUUCUGGAUGUCCAGAAGAGCAGCAACUUCUUGCCUAUGCCAGCUGUCUUGCCCUUGAUAAAGAGAAGUCCUUCCCCAGGAAGCACUCUUCCUCACCCAGCUCAGAUGUGGGAGCAGAGCAGGCGACAGUGUCCACGCCAAAAGAUAUGGAUGGCGCACAGUUCCUCAAGCAGCUGACUUAAUGGCAUUGGAAUCUUCACAUGAGAGGGCUUGAUGGAGCCACCAUCCUCUCUUGCCAAAGGCGGUGGCAGUUCUGGCUGUCUUGGCCUCAACAAACAACAAUCCCACCUUGGCAGUACCUGUCUCCCAGAUCAGAUCUGGAAGCAGAGCAGCAGGAGACAGUGUCCAGGCCAAGAGGACGGGGGCUGUUCCUGCCACACCAUCCCAAAGACUACAAAGACAAUGUGGUUGCUGUAGUCGUGUAUGGGUAGCACUUUGCAGUACUUCAGGCAUCUUAAACGUAUUACCAUUCCAAGGAUCAGGGCACUAUAUGAACUAAAGAGUGUGGCAUAAUCAGUUUUUAUACAACAGAAUUUUAUUCACUAACAAAGGAUUGAAAGAGGCUUGGAUUCUGAAGGGAGAAAGCAUCCAAAUAGUCUUUUACUAGAAAAUGAGGAUUGUAUUAAAUACUUGUUCUCUCAUGUAACUGACCUUCCCACAUAAUGUUUCCAUGUUGACUAGUUCCUCUGGCAGUUGCUCUAAUUUUUUUCAGAGUGCCUGCCUCUGGAAAGCAUAUGUAAGUUGGCCUUUUUAGUAGUGUGUUAAAAUUUCAGGUAUAGUAUUGCCAUUGUUGUAUGCUCUAGACAAAAAAAAUAAAUCAAUAUUCUACGACAGCAUGAAGCCUGAAUAGAAAUUUCUCUCAUGUUUCCCCUUUAUAUUCCAUUAGUUUAUACCAGGGUUGGCCAACUCCCAAGAGACUGCGAUCUACUCGCAGGAUUAAAAACUGGCAGUGAUCAGGGCGAAGCUGUUGAGCUUUUUUUUUUAGGGAGGAAGAAAGCCCCGUGUUUUUUGGAGAAAGAAAGAGGAACAGCCACUCGCCAACGGAUCGCUUGGGAGUACAGUGGUACCUCAGGUUACAUACGCUUCAGGUUACAGACUCAGCUAACCCAGAAAUAGUACCUCGGGUUAAUAACUUUGCUUCAGGAUGAGAACAGAAAUCGUGCUCUGGCGGCGUGGCGGCAGAAGGAAGCCCCAUUAGCUAAAGUGGUGCUUCAGGUUAAGAACAGUUUCAGGUUAAGAACGGACCUCCGGAACGAAUUAAGUUCUUAACCCGAGGUACCACUGUAUAUUCUUUCUGUGGCUCCCCUCUGGGGAAAUGUGCUCCGAGCCUCAGAAGCCCAGUUAUGUCACCCCUUGCCUGCAGAGCUGGCAGCCCCAUACCUAUUUUCAAACACUUCCCCUUGUGGAGUGUUCCCUCAGCCUCCCCGUCUCUCCUCACCCUUGGCCAGCCCCAGGGGCACCAUUUGUCUGGGGACCUUGUAGCCAGGGCUGCUGCAACAAACAGCCACUCCAGCCUUUGGAAGGCAGAGAUGGGAGAGGGCAUCAGAGGAGGGAUGGGAGGAAAGAGGGAUGGAGGCCAGUGUUGCCUGCGGCACCCCUGACCAUCAUUCAAGGCACCCCUGGGUGCCCAACACACUGGUUGAAAACCGCUGCUGUAACUAAUGAUUGCGAGUGUUACUAAAAGCUAGUAAUUAUCCAUUUUCUUCUGCUUUCUGACAAAUAUCUACUGCCACAGAGAAAGAGUAACAUACGCGCUUGAUGUAAUGCUGCUCUCCUGUGUGUAGUUCUUACCUAUGUGUAGUUCUUUAGCCUUAAACCAUGGGUGGGGAACUAGCAGUGGGUAGAACAACAAGUGUAAAUGCCUGGGGGGAGUCCUGAGGACCAGAUAGGGAGGCUUGGAGGGCUGCACUUGUUCCCUGAGCCUGAGGUUCCCCACCCCUGCCUUUAAACAGAACUAGUUUACACCAGGGAGAAGAGUUGAUGGAGGAAGAUUGGAAGAAAUUCAAAGACUACCUUCAGAAACACUGUAAAAUUAAGGAAUGUUAGAGUGAUGUUGGACUGAAAACAAGAGGUUUCCAGCUGUACAGGUUAAAGUUAAUGAUAGACUAAGAUUAAAGAUUAAGAUUAAAGAUGUUUAAAGAAAUGGAAAUUUGAUAUUAAGAGGGAAAAUUUUAAUGGUAUAUGAUAUUAAGACCAAGGAUUAGGUUUAAAGAAGUUGAAGUUAUAUAUUAUAAUAUUUUAUUAAAUUAAAGAUUGGGAUUAAAAAGUGGAAAAGAAACUGCUGGACAAAUAAUUUGGACUGGAAUACAAAAGAGGGAGGUAUGAGGAAGUCCAGAAAAUAAGCAACUAAAAAACGGAAAUGAAACAGAGAUAUUGUUUUUAAAUUGUUAUGUUUCUUGUAUUUUUAUUGUUGAACUUUGCUUUUGUUUUUUUUUUGUUUUUUGUGUUUUUGUUAUAUGUAUUGUGUAUGUUUUUCCUUUAUUUCUUUGUUGUUUAAAACUUUAAUAAAAAUUACUUUUAAAAAAAAAUAAACAGAACUAGUUUACUUAAAGGCUAGGCGAGAAACAGAUCUGUGCUUUUAAAAAAGAAUAUUGUAGAGCUGGGGAAAGUUCAGAAGAGGACAACCAAGAUCAAGGGGCUGGCGCAACGCUACUAUAAUGAAAGGUUACAUACAACCUUUGGGGCGGCUUUAGGAAAGAGGUGUACAAAUCAGACACAAUGCGUAGUCUUUCCCCCUCUUACAUUACGCUAGAGUCCCCAGAUUAAUCUCGGCAGCUAAAUGGUGGAAGAUUCCAGGCAGGCAAAAGGAAAAACGACAUCACACCACGCAGUUGAACUGUGGAAUCAGCUGCCACAAGAUGUAGUGAAAGGGGGAAAGCUUUAAAGGGGGAUUAAACAAAUUUAUGGAAGAUAAGGCUAUGUGUGGCUACUAAGGAUGAUGGCGGUGCGCUGCCUCCAGUCUUGAAGGCAGUACAGUGGUACCUCGGGUUAAGUACUUAAUUCGUUCCAGAGGUCCGUUCUUAACCUGAAACUGUUCCCAACCUGAAGCACCACUUUAGCUAAUGGGGCCUCUCGCUGCCGCCACUGCCACCGGAGCACGAUUUCUGUUCUCAUCCUGAAACAAAGUUCUUAACCUGAGGUACUAUUUCUGGGUUAGCGGAGUCUGUAACCUGAAGCGUAUGUGACCCGAGGUACCAUUCUAUGCCUUUGAACACCAUUUGCUGGGGUCACAAGCAGUGGAGUGCUUUUGCACUAAUGUGCUGCCUAUGAGCUUCCCAUAGGUGCCUGGCUGGUCAUGCUGAGAACAAAGCUAGGCUAGAUGGGCCUUUUGACCUAAUCCUCCAAGGCUGUUCUUAGGUUGUUAUAGGGUAUGUGUGUGGACUUUUCCCUCUUCACCUUUCUCACAUGGCGUAAGUCCACAGUUUUAUUCCUAGGCAGGUAUAUGGGGAUAACCCCAUAGGGCAUGGGUAGGCGAACUAAGGCCCGGGGGCUGGAUGCGGCCCAGUCGCCUUCUAAAUCCAGCUCCCGGAUGGUCCAGGAAUCAGUGUGUUUUUACGUGAGUAGAAUGUGUCCUUUUAUUUAAAAUGCAUCUCUGGGUUAUUUGUGGGGCGUAGGAAUUUGUUCAUAUUUUUUUUCAAAAUAUGGUCCAGGCCUCCCCCCCCCCAAGGUCUGAGGGACAGUGGACUGGCCCCCUGCUGAAAAAGUUUGCUGACUCCUGCCAUGGGGAAUUGAUUAAUGGUGGUUGUAAUAAUGGGGUGGAAAAGAGAAGGAACUUGGAUGAGUGGGAGUGAGGAAGGGGACUGAUAAUCUCCUUAGUACUGUUUGCAAGACUGAUAUAAAGGAUUUGGCUGUGGCACAUUUUGAGGGUACUUGAACAAAUUUGUGGUCGUUUAGCAUUUAUCUUUUGAUCUUCAUUCUCUUAAGCUGAAGGAAGCUGGCGGAGCUCAGGACAGGGCAAAUCAAAAUGCAUGUUGGAGUGACCGCAAUACCUACCUAACAUACCGGUACUAUAAAAUUAAGGGAUGGGAAAUACUAUGCGUUAACUGAGAUUUUUCUCCCCAUGAUUUGCAUUCUGGAAUUUUAUAGUUAUAUUUCUCACUGUUACUGGCUAAUUUACAGUUGUGAAUUUAAAAGAAUCAUUAAAAUAGAGGUGCCGGUUCUAAUGUGUGUGUGAUGGACUAGCUUUUAUUUAGGCAAAUAUAAUAGAAUAUUACUGCCUUGUAUAGGAAAGUCCCUGCUAUGGUUUUAUAGUCAGAUGGGUGCAUUAUGUUCUCCAGUGUAACUUGUUAAGUUGCCUUGAGGAUUAUUUGGGAUCAGAAGCCAAGAAGUAAUAUGGAGUUUAGAGAGUCUCUGGAAGCAAUCAUAAGGACAUUUUCCCGGUCUAAUUGAAAUAGCUGAUAUUUAUUUCCAAAUAAACAUGCAUAGAGCCAGAUUGUGUUUGAUAUUUGACUGUGUUUUCCUGCAUUUAAAUGGUUUAUUUUUUAUGGAUGUAAACCAACUCUGAGGCUGGAGCUGAGUGUAUACUCCACUAGACCAGUGUGAGAGAAGUGUAGUAUUUAAUUCUGGCCUAUUUUAUGCACCUUAAUCAGUAAUUCUGAUUUACUUAUUGUGUUGAUCAGAAGAUGUAAGUUGCAGCUUGCUAAAGCCGUGAUUUGCUCAUUUUGCUGAUGAGCUCUUUAGAGAAUGCUUCUAGUCAUGGUUGCUAGCAGUAAUCAAAUGUAAAUAGACAAGUAAGUAAGUAAAUAUAGGUAUAGAUAGAAUUCUGCCUUUAGCUAUUCUGAUAUCUCCUAAGGAUUAGUGUGCUUUUAAAUAGAUAAUAUGAGAGGCUAAGCCUGGGUCUUCAUUAGUUGCUUUGCUAAUAAUUUCCUGCCUUCUGAGCUUGGAAUAUUUGAUGUGUUAAUGUGAUAACUUUUGGUGUGCUUAUCUUUCAGUCCUUGGGCAAUAGGCAGGCAUAUCUCUCCAUUUCACCAUUCAGCUAUUAAUUCAGCCAGCUUGCUUUUCAGCUGUGAAGCAAGGGGAUGGUGACACUUUAAAAGGUCAUGGGAACCUGAGUUAUGUACUGUCACUGCUUCUGCGUAGAAUUUAGUACCAUUAGUUAUACAGAGGUGCAGUUUUUGCCCAGAAAGGUUAUCAUCCGGAUGAGGCAAUUAUAUGGCAGAUGCGAAAGUUUGGGGAGGGUAAACGGGGCGGUACUUCAGAGAGGCCUUUGCCGAAAAGUGACUUUUGGAAGCAGGAGGUAGAGAACAGACGUAUGUGUACAGAACACCAUGGAGAGGAGGUGCAAAGAAAGUAAAAAUGAAUUUUAUUUGAACAGUUGUGAGAUAUUGGAAUCCUUACAUAUAGCAAUAUAGAAAGGUGGUAUACGAAUUAAAAGUGAAAUUUAAAAAAUGAAAAAUAAAUCCUGGAUCCAGCCCUGUGGUCAGAUCCAGUUUCCCAAUGCUGCAUCAAACUGAAGUUCAGGCCAUAGGGAUAGGGGUGUAACCAGUCAACUUGGAAGCAUGUGGACAACCUGUCCUGGGUAGAGUUGCCUUCCUCCUAAAGUACAAGCCAUCUUUGACUGGUUGCCUUAUCUCCUCUCAAGUAGGCAUCAACAGGUUUUCAGCUUGGAGGAGCUCCUUGGAGCCUGCCUUUCUACUUGAUGCACACUUGGCAGCUGUCAUCAGGAUUUCCUUAUUCAGCUACACCAGCUCUGCCCCCUAGGAAGAGUCAGCCUUGCAAACUGUAAUGGACUUGACACAGGGCUGUCUUUGAAGGCUGCUGAGGAACUUCGACUACUCCAGCAUGCAGUGGCUAGUUUGUUAACGAGAUUGGGCCAAGCGUGCCAUAUUGCACUGAUCGUCAGUGAGCUGCACCACUUAUUUUUGAAGCACUACUCAAAGUGUUAAGGGACGCGGGUGGUGCUGUGGGUUAAACCACAGAGCCUAGGACUUGCCGAUCAGAAGGUCGGCGGUUCGAAUCCCCGUGACGGGGUGAGCUCCCGUUGCUCGGUCCCUGCUCCUGCCCACCUAGCAGUUCGAAAGCACGUCAAAGUGCAAGUAGAUAAAUAGGUACCGCUCUGGCGGGAAGGUAAACGGCGUUUCCGUGCGCUGUUCUGGUUCGCCAGAAGCGGCUCAGUCAUGCUGGCUACAUGACCCGGAAGCUGUACGCCGGCUCCCCCGGCCAAUAAAGCGGGAUGAGUGCCGCAACCCCAGAGUCGGUCACGACUGGACCUAAUGGUCAGGGGUCCCUUUACCUUUACUCAAAGUGUUAAUUUUGAUCCAUAAAGUUAUGUGUACAUGGCCUGAAGGAAUGCUUUCUCCGUUGUGUUCUCUCCCCGUUUUUGCAGGUCUUUCGAUGAGAGACAGCUGAGGGUGCUGCUACCAUCAGAUGCCUGGCCCCGACUGUGCCUCUGGGCAUCCCUCUCCACUCCUUUAGAAGGAUCAGAAGUGGAGUUAGGUUUAGAAGACCUUUAGAAAGACUUUUUGUCCUUUGUGAAAUAAUUUAAUGAGAGCUGAAAUACUGGAAACCCUUAACACUUCUAAGUGGGCAAUUUGAAUGUCUGCUGUUAAGAUUUGUUAUGUUUUGAUUAUUUUAAAUUGGGCUAUUUGCAUCUGUAUGGUGUAGUGUACAGUUUUUAGUUUUCGUAAGCUGAUUUUCUCUCUCUGUUAGAAAACAAGGUACAGACUGAAACAAAUACAAAUUAGCACAAUUAAAACAGAAGAUGGAUAUAUUUCUGUGGCACUUUUCAGAGUACAAAGUCUGUUGCAGUUCUUUUCCCACUCAGAUUUGCAGCAGCUGGAGCCCUGUGAGGUAGACUGAAUAGGGGGAGUGAGGCAUGGAGCAGGAAUCUGAACAUGCCUCCUGAAGCGACCUGGGCAUAGGAAUAAUAAGCAUUCAGUGUCUUACAAAAAAAGUGGUCUGCCUUCAUUGUGUAUGAACAUCACUACUUACUGUUUUAACUUUGUUGAAUUCCCGCACUGCCCCCCCCCAUAUGAAUUCUGUUGUUCUUGUCUGGCUAUUUGCAAGCAUUUUGUGGGCAUUAAACUUACUCAUAUAUUUUCCUCUCCCCCCCCCCUUCCCCUGCCCCAAAUUUAGGAGGCAGAGAAGUCAAAUGAAGUCAAAAGAGCGAUAAGAGUUGUUGAAAAAGAAACGGACGUUACUCUCCUGCUCCGCAGUUUGGCUGAGCACUAAGAUGUCUGUGGACAUGAACAGCCAGGGCUCUGACAGCAAUGAAGAGGACUAUGAUCCAAACUGUGAUGAGGAGGAAGAGGAUGAAGAGCCUGGGGACAUUGAGGAUUACUAUGAGGGGGUGGCAAAUGACGUGGAGCAACAGGGAGCAGAUGCCUUUGACCCUGAGGAAUAUCAGUUUACCUGCCUGACUUACAAGGAAUCGGAGAGUACCCUGAAUGAGCACAUGGUCAGCUUGGCCUCUGCAUUAAAGGUGAGCAGCACUGUGGCAUGCGAUGAAGGUGCACCUUUAAGGCUGCAAAACGGACAAGGAAAACUUGAACCGCUUGGUCUGCCAUCAGAGCUGUAAGUGAAACAUGACCAAAACUGCUGUGGAUCUGGGGUGGCUGUGUUUCCAGUUUCGCUUUGUGUGUGUGCCCCUUUUCACAGAGCACAAGUACUUUAAUACUCGUGGGCACCAAAUAUGGCUGAACUCUCCUUUACUGACUUCCUAGUACUUAACACAGGCAUAGGCAAACUCGGCCCUCCAGGUGUUUUGGGACUACAAUUCCCAUCAUCCCUGACCACUGGUCCUGUUAGCUAGGGAUGAUAGGAGUUGUAGUCCCAAAACAUCUGGAGUUUGCCUAUGCCUGACUUAACACUUCUUGUUUAAAAAGUUUCUAGUGCUCAGUGCUGUAUAUUUUUGUGGUGGUGUCUGUUCCAGGCUUAAGGUCAAAUGGGAUUUGGGGUAGGAGUUCUCUCCCUUUUAGUCACUGUUCAUACUGUGGCUCCCCUUUCUUCCCAUGGUCUUUCAAUGCUAAUCUCCUUAUCUGUAGUAACAUCUUUGCAAAUGCAUCUCAUCUUCACUUGCCACUGCCGUUUAAGUCCUUUCUAAAAUGACUGCUGUAAAAAGCAGUAUUGCAGUUGGUAUAAACUCUGGUGAACUGCUGACAUAAUUAUCUCUUUCAUAGACCCCUUUCUUUUGCAAAGCAUCUCAAAGGAGAAAGUCAAUUGCACCUGUCCUAAGAGGAUGAAAUCUAGAAUAAAUAAGGCAAAGUGUUUUGCUGUGCUAGCUUGCAUUAAGCAAAAUGGUAGCUCUUGAUCUGAGCUUCAUUUUGGGUUGCUUAAGACUUCUCAGUGCAACUAGAAAGCACUGAAUUUGUAAUUCUUUGUUGCAUCAUAAUUGGGUCUUACUUCUGCAAUGCACAUUUGGCCCCAGAAGUUAUUGCAAAGAGGAAGCCCAAGAUGAUAUGCAACUAACUGAGGAGCUAAAAUAGAUUCCAAGUGAGUACAUGGAGAAAAGACACGUUAAAAGUUCCAGUUCAGCAAUUUGAUAAUGUGUUGUGCAUCUUAAGGAGAAAUAAUCAUAGACUUCAGGAGAAGCAGACUGGGUCUCCUGAAAUCCUAUAAUUACCAUGACAAAUGGAUUGUUAGAGGUAGGCGCUGUUGCCUGCUGCUGUACCAGUGACUAAUUGCUCAUGGGGGGGGGGGGGAGACAAUUUCUAUGUGUGUUGAAGGGAAGAGAACAAUAAUCUGUAAGUAUUUGGUUAAUACUGCUUGGGCAGUAGCCUUAAUCUAGAAGCUUUCAAGGCCUUUUGCAGAUGCUCAGUUCAAUUUCUGAGCAGAAGCCAGCAUUUGACACUUGGUGCAAGCCAUCUGGCAUAAUCGUGACACAUAGUAAUGAACUGCCAUGAACUUAAACCACUAACAAAUCUUAUCACCAAGAAAGUAAUGCACAGAAUAGGUUUCUGUUGCUCAUCUUCUAACAGCACUAUAGACACUUGAAACCUCGCCUAAUAUUCACCAGGCUAAGAGUUAUGAACCAAAUGAAACUCUGGACACAAUAAAUUCUGUGAAGCUUAAAGGUAAAGGUACCCCUGCCAUUAGGUCCAGUCGCGGACAACUCUGGGGUUGCGGCGCUCAUCUCGCUCUAUAGGCCGAGGGAGCCAUCAAGACAUAAUUGAGAACGGCAGUCUUGUUCUGUAUGCGCACAUUAAGUGCCUGAUGUUCCUGGAAAGGACAGUGGAGCUCUGAAUUCUCUGAAGGUGUGCUAAUAGAUGCAUGGCCCACUUCCACACUUAAAAGUUCAUAGCUUCAUUGUGGAAUCUUACUUGCUCUUUAGAAGCUGUUUUUUUCAGGGGUCUCCUUCCUCAACUUUUGAACUGCCAUCUAGAUUUGACAGCGGAAAUAACCUAGAUUCUUAAUUGGCAUUGUGCUCUUCAAAUGCAUUGUCAAGCUGCAUUCCCUUCGGCAGGAAAGAGGAUAUAUUUCUCAGCUAAGCCAAGUUUGAGGCAAUUCACGGGGAAGAAAUCAAGCAGUUGUAACUCUGGGAAUGGUUCUAGUGUGCUGCCUUGCUUUUCUCCAGCCUGCCAAAAAGAGGUGAAGGCAAAGCCUCUAUUAAUUGGAGCUGGUGCUUUUUAGCCAGGCUCACUUCCCAUUUGGCUAAAUGAUAUUCUGGAUAUCAUUAUAUGAGCAGCCUCCACUGAACCCCGGGAGCCUUCUAAUUACAAACGUGUCAUGCUUUGCAAUUACCGCUAUGUCACCUUAGAUACCUUGAGCAAUUAUUUUUAGCAGUGCUUAAACCGUGCUGUGAUUAUGGCCACCUAAACAGCUUUGAUAAUCCUGAGCUAAUCCUUUUGUGACUGCUUCUAGUGUGUUGUGCUGCCAAAUUGGUCCUUCAGAGACCUGCCUUGGUUGGCUGCUUUAUUUGUCACGUUGGAAACAGGGUCCGCAUCAGCAUCUUGGCAGGUCUGGCCAACAGCUACCACCAGUGCUUUGCUGCUGCUGCUGCUCAAUGCCCUCCCUAUCUUUCUCUUUGCAGCGACAGAGCCAGCUCAUUAUUCCCCCCAACACUGCAUCCCAAUUCCUUUUGCUUCCCCCCCCCCACCCCUCUUACUUAAAGCUUUUUCUGCCGCUUCCUCAUAACCUGGACUCUGAGAAAAGGCCAAAUAAGUGAGGUGUUCUGGGAUAGGUGACCACAAGAAUGUUUACUUGGGGACUAGGAAGACUUUUUAACCUGGAACUUUUAAAACGCAGAAUGCAGAGCCCAGGGAAGGCAGCAGGAGAGAAGGUCGAUGGUCGCCCAGACUUUGCACACGAGAGCCAGGCUUCCCUCACAAGCAGUGAGCACACAUUGGAGCUGGAGACACUGUGUUUCACUAUACUUUUUAGGCAGAAAUCAAGUUAGAUAAACUUGUUUAAGGGUCCUUGUUGAGUUGGCCUCCCCUAAGGUCAACAAUUAAGGUAAAGGUAAAGGGACCCCUGACCAUUAGGUCCAGUCAUGACCGACUCUGGGGUUGCGGCGCUCAUCUCGCUUUAUUGGCCGAGGGAGCCGGCGUACAGCUUCCGGUUCAUGUGGCCACCAUGACUAAGCUGCUUCUGGCAAACCAGAGCAGCGCACGGAAACACUGUUUACCUUCCUGCCAGAGCAGUACCUAUUAAUCUACUUGCACUUUGAUGUGCUUUCGAACUGCUAGGUUAGCAGGAGCAGGGACCGAGCAACGGGAGCUCACCCCGUCACAGGGAUUCAAACUGCAGACCUUAAUAAUAAUAAUAAUAAUAAUAAUUUAUUACGGCCGUAGGCCCCUACCGAUAAAAACAAGACAUAAAUAACAACCUGUGCACAUGGGAAAAAACAGCCACUAAAACACUACUAUAACAAUAAACUGCUAUAAGAUGGGAUGGCAUACUACGCCUUAAUUAGCUUGUGGUGCUCCUUGGCAACGCUUUUGAGUAAGGACAGCGACCAGGAACCUAGCCACUUUCAGGGUCGUAUGGGUAUCCUUAUCCUGCAAGAUUUGGGCAAGGUGGAAUUUUGGUGGAGUACCCUCUAAUUUCUGUAUGAUUGAUCCCAACAAAUUUGCCCGUGGCACCUUGAAUAAGGGGCAAGUGAACAUAAUGUGCUGAAGCGACUCCGGCAUCUCCUUAUCACAUUCGCACAUGGCGGAGGUUUGGCCCUUUGAGAAUCUAUGUCUCAGGGCAUUGGAGGGAAAACAUUAAACCUCGCUUUGGUGAAGGCAAACUGCAGACCUUCUGAUUGGCAAGUCCUAGGCUCUGUGGUUUAACCCACAGCGCCACCCGCGCCCCUCAAGGUCAACAAUUAUCCUUGUUCUAACAUUUAAAAGAGAUCUGUUCUUUCCUUUUUCAAUUAUCUUAGUCCUUGUUUUGGUAUGCUGUCGUCACUCUGCAUAAAGAAAAAUUUAAUGUCUCGUAAAGCAAAGUUUCAGGAUGUCUGGUCUGUUUCCUUGGCAAGCCUGAAUAUAGUGCUAUCGGGAAGACCUGAGCCUCUUCCUGGGGGGUCACCACUUACCCGGCAAUCUUGCGUAGCUAUAUUUGCACAAAGGCUACUUUGAUACCUUUCACUUCCUUCUUGUUUGACUGGGGAAAUGAGCCACAAGUGUACAGAGGCAGUUCAAAAUCCAUCCUACUUCUCUUUUGAUUUAUGGAACCCUAAGGCUUGUGGAUUUGCAAGAAGUAAAAAUCUUGUCUCACAGCAGUUGGAUCUUGGCAGCAUGUGGCGAGCGGGGGAAGCACAGGAACAUAUUUUUUGACAAACCUGGGAAUUUAACUUGAUUUUAUGGCUAGGCUAGGUAAUGGAGUAUUGAUAACUGUGUAACACAGUUUCCAGCGGGGUAGCUAUUUUUGUCUCUUGCAGCACUACCAUAACAGUCUCAUGGCACCUUUAAAGUCUAGGGGUGAGAUCAGAAGGCAGUGGAUGCAAGUUCUUCCUCCUCCCCUGUAGCUUCCACAACUGGCUCUGAGCAUCUCUACAGAGCAUGUUUGGGGGCUGCAGGAGGAAGAGGAAGGGAAGUCCUCCAUGCACAAGCAGAAUGCCAGUCUUAGACUGUAUUGCCCUAGCUUUUGUUAUGGCACAAGCUUUCUUACACUCAUGGCUGGGGGUUUUUGUAGUGGAAUGCAGAAAAUGACAGACUGUGUUAAUUAUGUUAUUAAUAGCCGCCAUUCACAGAAAGCAGCAUUUAACAACAGGCAUCUUGGCAUUAAGGGACGCGGGUGGCGCUGUGGGUAAAACCUCAGCGCCUAGGACUUGCCGAUCGUAUGGUUGGCGGUUCGAAUCCCCGCGGCGGGGUGAGCUUUCGUCGUUCGGUCCCAGGUCCUGCCCACCUAGCAGUUCGAAAGCACCCUUAAGUGCAAGUAGAUAAAUAGGGACCGCUUUGUAGCGGGAAGGUAAAUGGCGUUUCCGUGUGCUGCGCUGGUGCUGGCUCGCCAGCUGCAGCUUCGUCACGCUGGCCACGUGACCCGGAAGUGUCUUCGGACGGCGCCGGCUCACGGCCUCUAGAGCGAGAUGAGCAUGCAACCCUAGAGUCGGACAUGACUGGCCCGUACGGGCAGGGGUACCUUUACCUUUAUCUUGGCAUUGGUAAGCCAAUUAACACAUGCAGUGUGGUUUCAGUCCACAAGUGAUAGGGUUGAACCUCUUGAUGUGUUGAGUUCAGUGGUUUCACAUUGCAGUUUCCUUCUGAAGUUCCUUUGUUCAAGGCUGGUCAUCUUAAAGUUUGUGACAUUAUAGCAUCCAGGAAAUGUUCCACUGCUGGGGUUUUUCUAAAAAAAAAUCCAUUUCUGUUUAAAGAUUUGUGCCCAUUCAUGCUUUUACAUAAAGUGGCCUGGUUGCCCUACGUAGAAUGCAAAGGGGCAUUGUCGGCAGUUGACAUAUUUCAUAUCAUUUUUGUUUUAUUUAUUAAAUUUAUAUUCUGCCCUUCCUCCCGAAGCAGCCCAGGGCAGUAAACAGAUCCACAAUUAAAAAACUAAAGCAUUCUGAAACAAACACAUAUUUUUCCUGCUGUGUGUCAAGUUAGGGUGUACAAUUACAUUAAAUACAUACACUUCAAAGGCAGCAGACCUUUUGUGCAUGAAACAAAACAGGACAGAAUGGACCUAUGAUUGAAUGCCGAUGAGACUGAAACGAGAACCCAUCUCUACUCUGAAUUAAUAGGCUGAUGAGCACUUGUGCACAAGUGGUCAAACUGCAGAAAUGGUUGUCACGCUGACAUUUAAUUUGUUCCAUGACGUAUGGACUUGGGCUCAGAAAGAGUGUAAGCAGCAGCUGGAGUAAAAGCAUCUCUAUCCCUGGUUGUUGGGACCAAGUGGUCACUUCAUUUUUUGCAUUUUUACUAUAGUACUAUACUCAAAUAUGGUUUACAACCCAUAGAAACAGGCUGUACUGCCUUUAAAGUUUUUUUUUAUCCUGUUGUGAUGUUUUGUGAGAGGGUGAUGUAAAUACUUUCAUAAGUUAAAAUUAUAAAAUUGCAUUUUAUUUAUUUGUUUGUUUAAUAUCCCACCUUUCUUCCAGGGCAGGACUCAAAAGCAAGGCAGCUCACAGCAUACAUUAGUUUAAAACCAGGCACAACUAAAAACAUGCAAGAAAUAUAAAUGUUUAAAAGCAGGUAAAUAAGUAACCCUGCAUAAUAAAAUACAUAUUUCAAAUGUUGCCAUCUUUUAAAAAAAUUCAGAAUGGAUCUAAAUACAAGCUAACAAAUUUUUGCCGUUCACUUAUAAAUACUAUUUGCAUAUAUUUUGUUGAUUUUAUCCUCUAACAAGAAAACAAAGCCACCUGCUAUCAACUGCAAGAAACCCAGGACAACCUCAGCAAAAAUAUCAUGCACAAAUGCCACGGAAGCCAUGCAAAGAGCGCAACUGCUGAAUCCUGCCCUAUGGAACCUGUCUCUGCACAACAGCACCCAAACCACCAGACUAAGACAUUUCUAUUUACCCAGAUUUUUGGUAGUUAAGGUAGCCUCUAGGGUGGGGUAGAACGUGUCCUACUUACUGUGUUGUUGCAUGAGCAUUUUAGGAGUUUUGUUAUUGGACAUUGUGUUUAAAAUUUUCCAGCUUUUAACUGAUUUUAUCUAUUUGCAUUUUGUCUUAAGUUGCUUUGAGCCUUUAUUUUGUAUAAAGCAACUGACAAAUGCUGAUAGUCGUAAUAAUAAUAACAAUAAUAAUAAUAAUAAUAAUAAACAAAACCAACACACGUCCAGUUGCUCAGCUGCUGCUUAUCUUUAUGGCUGCCCUUUUCCCACAUGGUCAACAGUUUGCCAGUUAAUCUCUAGUUUUGAAUUGUGAAUUGCUGCUGAUAGUGGUUACAAUUAAAAAAAAAAUUUCAUACCAAUGGGUUGUAUUAAACGGAGUAAUUUUUAGUUACUCAUUCUUCUGAAUGUCGCAACAUCCGGAGAAACAGGGAGGAAUGGCUUUGAGCGUGAAAUUGAGCUGCAAGUUGUGGGGUGCUUUUCUGUAAGGAGACUGAGGAACUAAAAGAAGCCACAGUGACGUUUCUCAGGGCCCUGUUCCUGUUUCAGUGCAUGAGGAAGAAGCCAAAGAAGCAAAAACUUCUUCCAUUGCCUAUUAAUUCCUGCUAAUCAAUUUUGCAGGCACCUACCUCAUAUGAGAGGAGCUGGUUCCCAAAUCUGUGCAGAUACAACCCUGCAGGUACACUUUGAUAUGAAGCCUUUUUAAACCACCCAUUGCAGAGUACUUUAUUCUCCCUUGAAUGUCACUGGAAUCAAUGGAGUCUUGGGCAGAGCUACUAUGUUUACUUGGCACAGUCAACCUUAUGAAAUGCAUUCUUCUGCUUGCAUAAUUCUUCCAAUAUUUCAGUUAUCAAAUCUGGAGUAAGGGGCUUUCGCUAGUGCAGGAUUUCCCAAACUUGGGGUUUCAGCUGUUUUUGGACUACAACUCCCAUCAUCCCUAGCUAGCAGGAUCGGUUGUCAGGAAUGAUGGGAACUGUAGUCCACAAUCAGCUGGAGACCCAAGUUUGGGAAAUCUUCCGCUAGUGGGACCCCUUAGUUGAAUCCUGCCCAUGCUUUUGUUCUUGGUCUUGAGACAUAAGUGGAAAACUAAGUAACAUGGUGGCUAAGGGGAAGAACAUUUGAGAGGGGUAGAGAUUUGCUUUUCCUCGGGAAUGUUGGUAUCAUUGUGAAAAUACAAAUUGGCCUUGUUUUGUAGAUAUGGAAGGUAGAUAUGUCCUUGCAGCAGGUAUGUUUGACACGUUAAUUUAAUCUGGUUUCUCCCCUUCCUUUCUUUCUUUAGGUGUCCCAUGCAGUUGCUAAACUUGUAUUAGUUAGCUUCCACUGGCAAAUCUCAGAAAUUUUGGAAAGGUAAGCACGUCUUCAAGCUGUGGAGCAUUAUUACUGUGGUUUUCUUUUCACUGCCCUUGGAGUAUCAUAUUUUCUUUUUCUUUGAGCCGUUUCCAGAGUUGCAAUCCUAUGAACACUUGGUAUUGCACACUGGGGUUUAAUUUUCAAGCAAGCAGAUUUUGGCUACUUUGAAAAUUGACAAAAGGGAUAAUGAUCCAUGGCUGAUGAAGAAUAUGGUACAUUGGCCGGCCUUGGUUUGGACAAAAAACAAGGGGUCCAUGUGUAGGCUAAAGCAAAAAAAUCAAAAACGUGCACAAAAACGCUGAUUUGAAAAUUCAAUUUAUGUGAAUAGUAGCUAGCAUAAAACACCCGUUUCCAAAUACAUCCUUCAUCAGUGUAUAUACAUUUUGCUGUAAGGCCAACACACACAAAACAAUUAACAUCUGUUCAAUAUACCGGUACUGCCUAUAAACAUUUUAAAACCACAAGGCCCUGCUGAUAUAAAUAAUAAAUUUCAUUAAUACAAUAAAAGUUACCGUAUUUUUUGCACCAUAACACUUACUUUUUUCCUCCUAGAAAGUAAGAGGAAAUGUAUGUGCGUGUUAUGGAGCGAAUGCCUACGGGUGGCGGUGGGGAUCUGCUGCAGUCAUGAGCAGAGGAUCCAUGGUUCCCCUUCCUUCCCUCCUCCGAGGCUUGCUUUGAAACAGCAAAGUGGGAGAAGAGCCGCUGAGUGGGGAGGAGAGAGGGACAAAGAGCCUGCUUCUUUAAAGGAGCAAAGCGGGAGAGGAGAGGAGCCGCUUACACUCGUGUAAGCGGCUCCUGUCCGGUUGGUUCCUUUAAAGCAAGCAGGCUCUCUGUCCCUCUCUCCUCCCCACGCAGCUCACUACAUAGCAGCAAAGUUUUUCAGCUCGCUAAGCUGGGGAUGAGCAGGGAGGAGGAAGAAAAGCAGAGCCUGCUUGCUUUAAAGGAGCAAAGUGGGAGAGGAAAGGAGCCUUCUCCCCUUAUACCCCUCUUCUGCAUUAUUAGCAGCAUCCUUCUCCACCCACCCCACGCAUGCUCCUUGUCCCUUGAGUGCUUUUCCUUCCCUCCCCACUUAAAACGUGGUUACAAAGCACGGAUCCACAUGGAUCCUCAGGAUUUUUGCACUGGGUCACCCCAAAUUCACCAUCAGAUCACAUGUCUGUGGCCACAGCAUGAACCACAAAAAUCAUACAUCCACUGUUUCCUUUAGAAUAUUUUUUUUCUUGUUUUCCUCCUCUAAAAACUACGUGUGUGUUAUGGUCAGGUGCAUGUUAUAGAGCGAAAAAUACGGUAUAUAAAAAUACUCCAAAAGCUACUACAGCCAUAAUAUAAUCACUUCACCUAAUAAAGCACAUAAAUAAUUGUUGCUUACCAAUCUUACGAUCAUACAAGCCUCACUGAAACAAAAAAAAUUUCCUGGUGCCCUGAUCUUAAUGCCAAAUCCUUUUGUAUCUCAAGCUAUACUUCUACACAAAUUUAAUUGGUUGCAACUCUGUCUGUUUUUGCUCAUUAGCGUUUGAUGCUGAAUACAUUACUACAGUGGUACCUCGGGUUAAGUACUUAAUUUGUUCUGGAGGUCUGUACUUAACCUGAAACUGUUCUUAACCUGAAGCACCACUUUAUCUAAUGGGGCCUCCCGCUGCUGCCGCGCUGCUGGAGCACGAUUUCUGUUCUCAACCUGAAGCACUAUUUCUGGGUUAGCGGAGUCUGUAACCUGAAGCGUAUGUAACCUGAGGUACCACUGUAUUCACAUAAAUUUAAUUUUUCAAAUCAGCCUUUUCGUGCAUAGCCUUGGUUUGGGACAGGAUUUCCCACCAACCUUAUACUUUGUUUAUCAUAAUGACCUGCCUUCCUUGGUGGCUGUGAUGCUGAAUAAAAUUAUGAAUGUAAUAAUCAUAAUAAUAAAAAUUAUUUAUACCCUGCCCUCCCCGGCCAGAGCUGGGCUCAGGGCGGCUAACACCAAAAAAAUCACAGUAAAAACAAUAAAGGGGGGGGUGACAAAAAAAAUUUAAAAUACAAGUUAAAAUACAAUUUAAAAUGCAGCCUCAUUUUAAAAGUAGCUGAUAAAUCAAGACCGUAAGGGGAGGGAAACAUAAGAGUCAGACUGAGUCCAAACCAAAGGCCAGGCGGAACAGCUCUGUCUUGCAGGCCCUGCGGCAAAAUGUCAAGUCCCGCAGGGCCCUAGUCUCUUGUGACAGAGCGUUCCACCAAGUCGGGGCCAGUAUUGAAAAGGCCCUGGCCCUAGUUGCGACCAAUCUAACCACCUUGUGACUUGGGACCUCCAAAGUGUUGUCAUUUGUGGACCUUAAGGUCCUCCAUGGGGCAUACCAGGAGAGGCGGUCCCGUAGGUACAUGGGUCCUAGGCCGCAUAGGGCUUUAAAGGUCAAAACCAGCACCUUAAACCUGACCCUGUACUCCACCGGGAGCCAGUGCAGCUAGUAAAGCACUGGAUGAAUGUGAUCCCGUGGCAAGGACCCUGUAAGGGCAUCCUGCACGUUUCCCGCUGAAAUCUGUAGCUCUUGUUUCAUCAGCUCUGCAGCUAUGGUUCUGUGCUGAUUUGAAGUUUUAACUCUUCCUUCAGGCACAAGUCCAAUUCUGUCCAGUUGCUAGUGGAAGCACGAGUUCAGCCUGCCUCAUCCAAACACGUGAGUAACUGACUGUUACGGCAUGCUUGAUGCUAAAACUCCUUGUAUAGUUCCCCAGAGACUAGUUCUUGCCUCCUUGCCUGCUCUCUGCUAGCUCAUGCAGUGCUGCUCUUGUGGGUUCAGUAAUAAAAUUCUGGCGUAAAGCUAUGAUCCUGACCUUUUGGAUCUGGUCGGAUCUCUGGCAUUUUGCCGCAGGAAGCAGUCAAAUGCACUUCAGCUGCUGGUUGUACAGCAGUGGUGGUCAGGAUCUGUAGGGUUUAAUCUGCAUAGUAAAGGAUUAGUUCUCUGGUAUCAUCAACAAUUCUUGAAAGUUACCCUGAACUGUGUUGUUUUAAGAGUAUGGCUAACCAAGCUACCAGCUCUGGAAAGAGGUUGCUUUUUCACUUUCAAGCAGAAAGGUCUUGUGUAUCCAGAAAGCUCUCUCUGAUUAGGAAAAACCUGGCCUAGUUGACUUGGAAAAUGGAUUAGAUAAGCUGCUGGUUCAUAGAUUUAACCUUUUUACAAGUGCGGUUGGGACAUUUGCCCAUCUUGGGGAUUUCUGUGAGCGGAAAGGUAUCUUUCUCAUGCUCUAAACAGGAUGUGCAAGUUGGAGGGUUUUUUUGAGCUACAUUCCAAACCAUAAAUGAGUUUGUUGGUAAUGUAUGUAAUUGCCCUGAGAUGAAAACCAGCCUCGCUGCCCUACUGUCUCACAGAAAGCACCCAAUACUGUGCUGAGCAGCUUGCUCAGCUCUUCACUGUCCAAAAGAUCAGGCCUUGUAUUGCUUCUCCCCUUUUACUUGCAAUAUAUUUAGUUGCCCUCAACAUGUCUUACCCUGUAGAGAUGGGGGGGACCUGUGAACCGGCAUAGGUUGCUGGACUACAACUCCCAUCAUCCCUGAACAUUGUCUGUGCUGGCUGGCGUCGAUGGGAGCUGGAGUCCAAAAUCAGGGAGGGCCACAGGUUCCCCAACCCUGAUGUAGAGCAAUAUUGUUAUUUUUAGAACAGGGUGGUAUAUAGUUGUUGCAAUAGCUGAUCCAUUGUCCACCUGCUACCCUGCAGUGUUGAUGUAAUUAAGGUAACUGCUGGAAACUGCAAAUCCAGAGACCUCUGAGAGGAACAGCUUCUUUUUCCAUUGGCAGAUAAGUGGGCCUAACUGGUACAAGUGUCUCCACGGAUCACAAUUAGAUUCCAUGUACUUAAGCUCACUUAACAUACAUUGCUAUCAAUAAAAGUGUAUCAAUAUGUAGAACCCCAUGUAUAUUAUCCAAUGCUGGAGACUUGUUAACAACAAGAUAUAACUGGGCACAAAGUGUCUCAAACGUGAGCUGGAGAUGUGUGGCUAAUAAACGUGCAUUUAAUAUAGGCCACAUAACUUUAAUGAAUGAGUUGUCAAAUGAAUGAGUUGGUGGCUCUGUUGAUAUGCUUGUUUACAACUGUUUCUCCACUGUUUUUAUCUGAUCCAAUUAUCACUGCUGCAAUAUUCACUCUUUGAUUAUCAAGUCUGAGUUUGAGGAUUAGCUAAUAAAGGAAUACCCCCUUCUAAUCAUUCUUGCUGCUGAUUUAUUCUGUAAUAUGAGCAGCGUAAAGAAAUGGCUCCCUCUUUGAUCUGGCCACAGAGUGAAACCUAGUUCGUCCUCCUCCCUGAUUUUAAUCCAUCCUCCCAUUUGGCCAAGCCCUUGGGGGAUAGCCGUUAAAUCGAUUCUGAAAAGAACAGUGAGAAGCAGUUGUCAGAAGCUCAAAGUGACAUGUGAACAGCAUAAAUUAAAUGGGUGCAGUAAUCUACGAGCCAGCGAAGUGUGAAUGCAUCCCAAGAAACUACAACGUGUUGCAUUGCGUUCCAUUCUUGCUGCCAGUUCCCACGUAGGAUGAAACGAGAGACGUCGCAACUCAUCCAGACUGUUUGCUGCAAACUGCAGUUUGGGCUCUUGUCAGUAAUUUUAGCUUUCUCUCCCUCCCUUCCCCCUUUUUGAAUCCCAGGCCAUGGUACAUUCCUCCCAGCACUGCGCUGUGUGUAUGCAGUUUGUCCGAAAGGAAAAUUUGUUGUCUCUGGCUUGUCAGCACCAGUUCUGCCGCAGCUGCUGGGAGCAGCACUGUACAGUUCUCGUCAAGGAUGGAGUGGGAGUUGGUGAGCUCAGAGCAAUGUACCCCUUCUGUACCCCUUCACGUCUCUCUUCCCGCCUAUCUUCUUUCAACUUUAAAAUGUUUUCAUAAUCUUACGUGAGCAGAGGUGGGGAGCCUGCUACCCUCCAAUCCCCGAUACAUGGAGCGUGGCUGAUCCAGUGCCUUAAGUUGCAUUUAUUUAUGUUUUUCACCCCAGCAGUUACAGAACUUGUUGUGGGACAUCGGUCAGUCCCACACAGCCUUUUCUGUAACUUCCUGGUCUCCGCCCACAGAUUCAGUCAUACAGUCAACUGUCUCAGUCUUCUCUGUUCUCUUGGUUCAAUACUUCUGGUGACAGAGAGAGAGAGAGAGAGAGAGAGAGAGAAUAUAAACAUAAGCCAGUAUGGUGUAGUGGUUAAGAGCGGUAGUCUCGUAAUCUGGUGAACCGGGCUCGCUUCCCCGCUCCUCCACAUGCAGCUGCUGGGUGACCUUGGGCUAGUCACACUUCUCUGAAGUCUCUCAGCCUCACUCACCUCACAGAGUGUUUGUUGUGGGGGAGGAAGGGAAAGGAGAAUGUUAACUGCUUGGAGACUCCUUCGGCUAGUGAUAAAGCGGGAUAUCAAAUCCAAACUCUUCUUCUUCAUCAUCAUCUUCUUCUUUGUCGCUGGUGACACAGUAAUGAGGUCGUCACAUGCAAUAGCUCCUCUGGCUUUUUAAACAGGUGUCUCCUGCAUGGCUCAGGACUGCCUGCUCCGGACUCCAGAAGAUUUUGUGUUUCCAUUGCUACCUAGCGAGGAGCUGAAAGACAAAUACAGACGCUACCUCUUCAGGGAUUACAUUGAGGUAUUGUUUGCUGUUUUACCAUCAGGGCGUUCUGCGUGUUCUUCAAUGCCAUGGAAAUGCACAUACAGUGGUACCUUGGGUUAAGAACUUAAUUCGUUCUGGAGGUCCGUUCUUAACCUGAAACUGUUCUUAACCUGAAGCACCACUUUAGCUAAUGGGGCCUCCUGCUGCUGCCGCCACGCCACAGCUGCACGAUUUCUGUUCUCAUCCUGAAGCAAAGUUCUUAACCCGAGGUACUGUUUCUGGGUUAGCAGAGUCUGUAACCUGAAGUGUCUGUAACCCGAGGUACCACUGUAAUACGUUUCUGUGAAUUAGCAUCAUUUCAUCAUUAAAACUCAUUGUCCUCUAUCCUGACAGAUUCACUUAGCUGCCAAAUGCUCCAGUGUUACUCAAUCACUAUAUAAAGUUAAAUAAAUAUACAAUAAGAUAUAAAGUUAUCCAAUCUUUUUAUUUUAUCAAGGCUUCCUUAUAUUUAAAAAAAAUCCUUGGUUUUUUUCUUAAAAAACCCAAACCACUGAUAUACAUGAAAAAAGCAAAUACAGUGGAUCUAUACCCCCACAAGAGAUUUAAAUACCAUUUCUUGAUUAUUUCUUCCACUUGAUAAAGAGAAGAAUUGCAGUUGUUUAAAUCAGUUUAAUUUCUUGAAUGAAUUUACAACUGACCUGAAGGGAUGCUAUAUAAACAACUGUAGCAAGAAAUAAGGGCAUAAUAUCAGUUUCAUAAAGCAGUUAGAAGAAAACAGUGUAAAUAUAAUGUAUGGAUCAGACUGACUGCCAGGGCACAUUAAAAAGCUUUUUAUCUUUCUUGGAAGUGUGCAGGAGAAUUUCCCAUCCUUUUUCCCCCCACAAGGAUAACAAGGACCUACGUUGGGUCUUCCAUAGGUUAGAUUUCCAAUAUGAUAAGAUGGACCUUUUUACACAUGAUAAAUCAGAAGUACUGGUUCCUUCCCUCUCAGCUGGGCCAGUUUCUAAUACAGGCUUGUGGUGGGUUUCUUUGCAGAGCCAUUUCCAGCUGCAGCUCUGUCCCGGCGCAGACUGCCCUAUGGUCAUACAGGUACAGGAGCCCAAAGCUCGCAGAGUGCAGUGCAAUCGAUGCAAUGAAGUUUUCUGGUAAGAAAAUUAAACUUGAGUUGUGAGCAGAGGACAGCAAGGCACGAGUUUUCCUUAGUCAAGGGACCGGAAUAGUCCAGAGAGGGAGACUUGAAAAAAAGCUGCUUAGGCCAUCCAAUGCAAAGUAUAUGAAAAUAAAACUUGGUGAGAUCAAAUUACCCAUGCCAAAUUGCUUCUCCAUUCGAGCUUUGGAGUGUCCCUCGUGGCUGAAGAAGCUUGCAAACACAGCUAUACACAGCUACCUCUAAGGCAGAAUUCUCAGUGGCUGGCCAAAUUGAUGUAUUAGGGAUACGGGAAACUGCCUUACACCAAGUUGGACCAGUGGUCCUUCUAACUCUGUUAUUGUUGACACUGACUGGCAGCGGAUCUCCAGAAUGGAGUCCUCCUCAGCCCUCCCUGGAGAUCCGUGGAUUGAACCUGGAUCCUUUUUCAUGCCAAGUAUGUGCUCUGCCACUGAGCUACAGACAGUGAAUGAGCGUUGAAUGAACACCCAAAGGAGAUGCUACAACAGGGGUAUGGACCUUUUCUCAGCUCAAGGGCCACAUUCCCUCAUGGUAAACCUCCUGGGCAGGGCCAGGAGCAAAAGUGGGUGUGUCUCCCGUCUUUUGUACCACAUCGACUACGUUCCAGCCCCCAAAACUCCACACAUCUUGUCAGCCUCCAUCCAGACAAGCGGGAGGCAUUGUUGCAGCUCAGUAACACAUUGUAAGCAGGCAGAAGCACUCAGAGAAGCCAUGGAGCAGGGCUGCUGAGGGCUGUAACCUGGGAGAGUCUUGAGGACCAGGUAGGGCUGUGUUUGGUUCUCCAGCUCUGAGGUUCCCCAUCCCUCUGCUACAGUACAAAUAAUUUGCCAGGAGUGCAUGAUGGCUAUUCACAGUCAAGCCUCCCUGAUUGGAUGGCGCAGUCUUCAAAUAACCUAUCCUCAGUGAACUGUCACCAGAGGGAUGGAAGAAGAGUAGGGAGAAGAAGUGCUUAUAAGGACUUUGAGGAAGACAGCAGUACUUUACUACAAUACAGUCGUACCUUGGAUCCCAAAUGCCUUGUUUCUUGGACGUUUUGGCUCCCGAGUGCCGCAAACCCGGAAGCGAGUCUGCCGGUUUGAGAACGUUCUUUGGAACCCAAAUGUCCGACGGGGCUUCUGUGGCUUCUGAUUGGCUGCAGGAAGCUCCUGCAGCCAAUCAGAAGCAGCGCUUUGGUUUCCGAACGUUUUGGAAGUCGAACGGACUUCCAGAACGGAUUCCGUUUGACUUCCAAGUUACGACUGUACGUAGUGACAAAUAGGUAAGGCUGUGAAUACACUGCAGAAAAAAACCAGAACACUGCCGUCAGAGGAUGGAGUAGGGGUGAAAGGACUUCUGCUAGUGCGACAGGGCUUCCCUCCCCCCCCAAAAAAAAAUUCCUUGAUGGGGGCUGCAGGUGAACCCCUUGAACAAUGCACAGAGUGAAGCGAGGUGGAAUUGUUCCAUCUGGCAAGCUGAAACGCUUGCACAGACUAUAUGAUUGCCAUAGCGCUGCAAUGAAUUCCUCCCACUGUUUUUUCCUAAUUGGUCAGGGUGGAGUGUGUGCAUGGAGUGAGGAGGGUCAUUGUAGCCCUGUUGUCUGGCUCCUGGAAAUUUCACUCAGCCCUUCCCCAGAGCUUACAUGAUACAUGAUACUGCUCACGUAACCUGCCCCAAGCUUACCUUGGCAUAAAAAAGAGCUAAAAAUGUAUUUUGAGUUUGGAUUCUUUCAUUUUUUAAAAUUGAGAUUUGCAAGAUACUAAGUUUUGUUGCGGUACCAAAUACAGGUCUUUCAUGGGAUAUGUGUGUGUUUGCAUGCACCCUACCAGGAGUCUGAACAGUGCUUGUGCAGCGUUACAGAGAAAACAUAACACUGUGUAUGAGUCCCUUCUCUGCUACUUUUUUUUUUUGGUUGCAUGCAAUACGAUUUCUGGAAAGUGGACAUGCCUUUCUCUUUGUUUUAAGUUUCAAGUGUCGGCAGAUGUACCAUGCUCCCACAGAUUGUGCCACCAUUCGAAAAUGGCUCACCAAGUGUGCAGAUGACUCUGAAACAGCCAACUAUAUCAGUGCUCACACUAAAGAUGUAAGUGUGUGUGUGGGAGUGACCUUUCCGUUUAUAACUUUGCUCCUUUUGAGGUUUUUUCGGUGGGGGGUUGCAGCAAGCUGCUCUUACAUGCUAGAUGUUUGUUUAUAGUUUUCUCUCAAACUGUUUUCAAACCAGUUUCUAUGGCUAAUGUGUGCUGUGUUCUAAAUAGAGAAUGUUGAGCAUAGAACAUUUCGCCCCCUAUCUAGUGCCCUCCCUUCUUUUAUUCUCAUCUCCCAUCUCCUCCUAAUACAUGACACACCAGUGCCCACCAAGCAGACUAAAGGCACAGUUACACAAAAUGGAAAGAAAGUGAAAGGGGUGGGUGGAAAGUAUUGGUCUAAACUUCCUGUUGGCAUACCUGAUGCCUAUCACUUCGAUCGCCCAGAAAGGAGAACCAGAUCUUAUUUACGUGUUUCAGAUCACACCAGAGAGGAGUUGGACAAGUUAGAACAGGGUCUUCCAAACUUGGGUCGCCACCUAUUUUUGGACUACAAUUCCCAUCAUCCCAGAUCACUGGUCCUGCUAGCUAGGGAUGAUGGAGUUGUAGUCCAACAACAGCUGGAGACCCAGGUUUGAGAAACCCUGAACUCUAGAAGAAAGGAAGUGUGAGCAGAAUGUAAAAGGAACCCGAAGGCAUCUUAAUUGUAGUGCUGGUGAAGAAUGUGCGAAGUGAAAUCGAAUGUAAGGAGAAACUAAUGAAGAAAUAUUGGGCAGCAUGGGAUAGCACUGAAGAACUGCAAAGUAAAGAGAUGUUUUAUAGUCUAUCCAUUGGUCCAUCUAGCCAUGUAGCGUAUAACAUAACUGUCAGUAGGUCUCCAAAGUCUCAGGCGGAAGUUUUCCCUAGCAUGGAUCUGUGGCUUCUUUCACUGGAGAUUCCAAGGCUCAAACCCUAAUAAAGGUAAAGGUAAAGGGACCCCUGACCAUUAGGUCCAGUCGUGGCCGACUCUGGGGUUGCAGCGCUCAUGUCGCUUUAUUGUCCGAGGGAGCCGGCGUACAGCUUCCGGGUCAUGUGGCCAGCAUGACUAAGCCGCUUCUGGCAAACCAGAGCAGUGCACGGAAACGCCGUUUACCUUCCCGCCGGAGCGGUACCUAUUUAUCUACUUGCACUUGGACAUGCUUUUGAGCUGCUAGGUUGGCAGGAGCUGGGACCGAGCAGCGGGAGCUCACCCCGUCGCGGGGAUUCGAACCGCCGACCUUCUGAUCGGCAAGUCCUAGGCUCAGUGGUUUAACCCACAGCGCCACCCGCGUCCCUCAAACCCUAAUACCUGCAGGCAAAGCUUGGUGUAAGGCAGCUUCCUAUGUUCCCAAGAAGAACAAGACUGAAAUAUAAUUGCGUCCAAGCAAAGAGAGGGGAAAGGGAUUGACGACAUAGGCAGGCCUGAGAAUUCUUGCGCGAGAGAGGAGUACGAAGAGUUGUCAAAGACCAAACUCCUGAUUGUUGAAACACAUGGGACAAUCUAAGGUGUGUUCUCUCUUUUCCUCUCUCCCUCCAGUGUCCCAAGUGCAAUAUCUGUAUUGAAAAGAAUGGAGGCUGCAAUCACAUGGUGAGUAGAUUGUGGACAAGAUCAGAAAUCCUAUACUGCUUAAUUAUAGGCGAAAUCUUUGCCUGCUUCUUAUUAAUGCCUUCUCUCUCCCCCUCCCAUCUCUCUUUCUCCUCCAGCAAUGCUCCAAAUGCAAACAUGGUAAGUAGACAGCACCAGGUUUUUUGUGUUAAAAUUGGGAGAAAUGUUUAUCCUUCUGAUUUGGAUAUUAUCCCAAACUACCGUAUUUUUCGCUCCAUAAGACGCACUUUUUUUCCUCCUAUAAAGUAAGGGGAAAUGUGAGUGCGUCUUAUGGAGUGCAUGGCCUGCGCAGAGAGGUAGAGCUGCGCAGUGCCCCUUCAGCGAAGUGGCAGGAGGAAUGGAGCCCCUUCUGUUCCUCCUCCUGCUUCAUGCAGGAGAGGAGCUGCGCAGAGAGGGAGAGCUGCGCAGCGCCCCUUCAGAGACGCGCCUGUCCUGGGAGCCAGAGGAGGAACAGAAGGAACUCCUUUGCAGGAGAGGCGCUGUGCAGAGAGGGAGAACUGCGCAGCGCCCCUUCAGCGACGUGCCUGUCCUGGCUUCUGCCUUAGCCGCACGCAGACUCUUCGGGCAGGGGGCGCCUUCAUCCCGCUGCCCGAGAGAGGCUGCGUGCGGCUAUCCUAUAAGCCAGGACAGCAAGAGGGAUCGCUACGCAGUGAUCCCGCUUGCCGUCCUGGCUUCUGUCUUAGCCAUGCGCAGCCUAUUCCGGGCAGGGGGAGCCUUCAUCCCGCUGCCCCUGAAGAGGCUUGGCGCGGUUAUCCCAGAAGCCAGGACAGCCACACGGUAUCCCAGACGCCAGAUCCCUCUUACUGUUCUGGCUUCUGCGAUUCAAAAUAUUUUUUUUCUUGUUUUCCUCCCCCCAAAACUAGGUGCGUCUUAUCGUCUGGUGUGUCCUAUAGAGCGAAAAAUAUGGUAGCUCUUCUAGUUAAUGUGCAAGCUCUUUGGUAGCAUCUUUGCCCCUUAGAGGAAGAGGUGUCGAUCUUGUUCCUCAAAGAAGCAUUGCUUUAUUCAUUGCCUUGUGCAAUAACGUUUCCUCUCCUGUCCUCUGCAGACUUCUGCUGGAUGUGUCUGGGGGAUUGGAAGACUCACGGCAGCGAGUACUACGAAUGCAGUCGGUACAAAGAGAAUCCUGAUAUUGUAAACCAGAGUCAGCAAGCACAGGCCAGGGAGGCCCUUAAGAAGUACUUGUUCUAUUUUGAAAGGGUAGGAGACAUCUCCUUGGCUGGAGCUAACCGUAGCCUUUUUUGUGAGCCCCACCUUCUGCAAAGGGCAAUGCUAAUGAUGAUUGUGAGAAAGCCCUCAUUGAACAAAACAUUCUGUAGCCACAGAUCAAGAUCAUUCCUCAAGGUUAUUCUUCCAGAAGCAAGCUCCUUUUCAGUGAUAAUCUCUGCCAGUCCUGUAAUGAGAGUGCUCUUUCCUUGAAGCCAACAGCAAUAGGUUGCUUUAAAUUUUCUGGUGCUGAACUGUGCUCUGCAGUGGAAUCUUCCUACAAGUAUACAGUUUGCCUUCUGUAAAUCUGCAUAACUCUGCACCAAAACUGCUUAAAGCUGCCUCUUGGCUUGUAAUUCUUAAUCCCUGUAUAAUAAAGUAUUUGCAUUGUGUAAACACCUAGAUUGUCCCCUCCAAAAUAUAUUAUGGAAAUAAGAUUUUUGCAUAUAUGUGUGUGUUCCACGUAACAUAUUAAAAAAGAGCAUAUAUGAAAAACCUUGCUUUCUUUAGACAAUGCUUCAGGAAGCUUUCCUAUUUAAAACGUGGCAAAACCUUGCUCCAGUUUGAUAUCGCUGCAGAUUUGAAGUGGGAAUGCUAAUGUGAAUGGAAUUGUCUUAGCUCUUCUGGAGUCACUUACCGAAAGAUAAUAUUUAAUAAUAUUAUAUGGUAAUAUUUUUUAGAAAGCUGCAAGGAUAUGUUUGCUUUCUGGUACAUCUUGCCUUUUCCGAAGGAGGGACUUUGCAUUCUAAGGUGCUUCUGUGAAGUCUUUUCCAAUGCGUUGCUGUGGCCUACCGGUUCCCAGCCUGUCUUUUCCUCCCCUUUCUUCUCCAUCGUCGUCUUACACCUUACACCAUUUUCACAGUGGGAAAACCACAACAAGAGCUUACAGCUGGAGGCACAGACAUACCAGCGAAUUCAAGAGAAGAUACAAGAAAGGGUGAUGAACAACUUGGGAACGUGGAUAGACUGGCAGUAUCUACAGAAUGCAGCAAAGCUGCUAGCUAAGGUGGGUGUGCCUAGCUGUUAAUUGUAAGAUGCUUUCUACUGUGAGCAGAAAGGAUGGGGUGAGAUUUGGGGUGGGGGGUGCAAUGGGACCUGCCGGUCUUAAACUGUGUUGAUUGUGAGGGCUUAAGUAGUAAUCAGGUGCCUGGCAUCAGCUGCAAGCUAUUGCCAAGGAAGGUGCCAGAUUGUCUUAGCACUCUGGGUUGAUCUUUGCUGGAUUAUAGAUCAGGGGGUGGGUUGUUUUUACCCUACAUAACACCACUUGGAGCUGCUUCAUGGGGAGGUGGGGGGGCGUAUUGUGGACCUUUCUCCUUUUUCACACAGCCUGCUGAAGCUCUGUGGCUACUUCAUCCCUUGGGAAGCUCCACUCUGGCAUGCCAUUUAUUUUGUGUAUAGAGUGUGUCAGGGGACUGCCAUCGGAAAGGGGGAGGGAGGCAGGGAGAUACAGGGAGCCUCCGGUGAUUCUGAGAAGCAGCUCCUUGUCCGGCAGUGGUGAAAGCCACAACUCCAGCAGAGCCGAGGGGGAAGGGAGUAGCCGGGUGAAGGGAGGGCUCAAAGAUGCUACGGAGAGCCCAAGCGCCUUACCUAGCCCGGCCGGCCAGGAGGCAGGCACACCGCAUCUGUCGCUCUGCUUGCGCAGAGGGGUGAAACAUAAGGAGGGGAGGUGGAGAUUUGGGGUGUCUGAGUUCUUAUGCUGGGGGAGAAACCGGAAAGGGGCACUCCCGGAAUCUGCAAGUCAUUAAGACGGACAUGAACUUUGGAGUUGGACACUGUAAAUAGUUUGCACCAAUAAAACCUGAAAAAGACAGGUUCUGAGUCUUGCCUGGUAACUCACGAGCAACCACCCUGCACAUCUGACAGCGUGUAUUUUAUUUCUGCCUCUGUUCGCUGUGUUGCAUGAUGGCAUUGCACAUUGGGCAGGUUUAGCUGCUGAAGGUGAGCACAGUCUUCACAGAACUGACAAACGGGUGCCCCCAACAUUUGGAAGACACAUGGAGAACUUUUGUGCAGGCACACAACAUUAACAGCUGUCUUCCUUUCAUUCUCUCUUCUUUGUAGUGUCGUUACACGCUGCAGUACACAUAUCCAUAUGCCUACUACAUGGAGUCUGGCCCCAGAAAGAAACUGGUAAGACCUGUGGCUCUGUGUUUAAUGGUCACCUAAAUUUCUUGCAGGACUGAGCUGGGAAAUGUCAGGCCUCCUGCCGAUAGCUAGAAACAGUCCAAAGUCACGUUAUGGGAACUGCAACUGCAGUAGCUCAGUGGGUUCUGACUGCAGAGUUGGCAUGGAAGACCACCUGGGUACCACAUGUAAACCACUGUUGAGUUCUGCAGAGGAAGAACAGUACAGAAUGUAAUAGAUUAAGUAAGGUAAAGGUAAAGGGACCCCUGACCAUUAGGUCCAGUCGUGACCGACUCUGGGGUUGCAGCGCUCGUCUCGCUUUACUGGCCGAGGGAGCCGGCGUACAGCUUCCGGGUCAUGUGGCCAGCAUGACUAAGCCGCUUCUGGCAAACCAGAGCAGCGCACGGAAACGCCGUUUACCUUCCCGCCAGAGCGGUUCUUAUUUAUCCACUUGCACUUUGACGUGCUUUCGAACUGCUAGGUUGGCAGGAGCAGGGACCGGGAUUUGAACUGCCAACCUUCUGAUCGGCAAGUCCUUGGCUCUGUGGUUUAACCCACAGCGCCACCCGCAUCCCAAUAGAUUAAGUAGUGUAUGCUUAAUUACUUAGUGAGUUGUUGGCUACCAUAUGCUUUUGACAGCAGUGGUGGGAUAUACAUUUUUAGAACUAUACAGAUCAAACCUGCUUUCCAUGGUUAUUUUUAUUUACAGGGAGAUGACUCGCUAAUUCAGAUUCUUCCUUGUCACUAUUUAAGCCUCCUAGUUUUGUAUUCUCCUCUUCUUCAGAGCUGCAUAGCUGCUUCUGUCAGCUGGUUUGCUUUUGUUUUGUAAGGAGGGGGAUGCAAAACAAAUUGCAUUCGGCAAGUAAAAGAUGAGUCAAUGUGCUAUUUAAGCUGUGUUUGUUAAUCUUCCCAAUUUUACCAAUUUGGAAAAGCAACGGAGACUUAUAAAGGGGGCAGGGUGUUCUGUGCUGGUGGAGAUGCUGUGCCACUUCAGAAUGGGGAUGGGGAAAGGCGGCAGCAAGGUCAGGGGAGCUCCAGGUUGGUGGCAGUGGUAGCCCCAGUAGCUGCCACUCCACAGCUCCAUCAAAGCACCACUGCCACAGCCCUAUAGGAAACCUUAAAUUACUAGCACAUCUUAUGUAGCUAUCGAAUAAGAGCCAUCCUCAUUUUGAACAGCCUUCAGCGCUUGACUGGUUCUUACAUCAUUGCAGUCUUAACUUACGAAAGUCUUACGCCCUCUAUGUGGGGCUACCUUUGAAGGUGACCCGGAAACUACAACUAAUCCAGAAUGCGGCAGCUAGACUGGUGACUGGGAGUGGCCGCCGGGACCACAUAACACCGUUCUUGAAAGACCUACACUGGCUCCCAGUAUGUUUCCGAGCACAAUUCAAAGUGUUGGCGCUGACCUUUAAAGCCCUAAAUGGCCUCGGCCCAGUAUACCUGAAGGAGCGUCUCCACCCUCAUCAGUCUGCCCAGACAAUGAGGUCCAGCUCUGAGGGCCUUCUGACAGUUCCCUCACUGCGAGAUGUGAGGUUGCAGGGAACCAGGCAGAGGGCCUUCUUGGUAGUGGCACCCGCCCUGUGGAAGGCCCUCCCAUCAGAUGUCAAAGAAAUAAACAACUAUCUGACGUUUAGAAGACAUGUAAAGGCAGCCCUAUUUAGGGAAGUUUUUAAUGACUGAUGUUUUAAUGUAUUUUUAAUCUUUUGUUGGAAGCCGCCCAGAGUAGCUGGAGAAACCCAGCCAAAUGGGCGGGGUAUAAAUAAUGAUAAAUUAGUAUUAGUAUUAAAAUUCCUGGAUUCCGUCAUCCACGUAACCAUUAAUUUAAUAUCCCUCAGGUUUUACAUAGGGAGCUCUGACCUGGGAACUUGCCCAGCUUUGAAUCCAUAAGCUUUCUGGUGCUCUUGUACUGUUGCACAUCAGAAAGGGCGAAAUGCUUUGUUGUUGUGACUUUGCAUCUAUUGAACGUGCUUCGGUUUUUGCUUCUUACAUUUCAUUCUUUUCAGAAGCGCCUUCUGGCGUGAAUGGUAACAGCAGAUGUAGGGUAGAAUGGGGAUGAUGAGAAGCUGCUGUUCCUGCAUCUCUUUCCCUCAACAAUCUGUUUCAUGUUUUCAGUUUGAAUACCAACAGGCUCAGCUGGAAGCGGAAAUAGAAAACCUCUCAUGGAAGGUGGAGAGAGCAGAUAGUUAUGAUAGAGGGGUGAGUAAGCAAGCGUUGUUCAACCUCCUGCCACCUCAUCUUCUCAUCCCAGGAGCUCAUUACCUGCACAGAAGGGCUUAAACAAAUCCUAUGAGGAAGCAGAGGAAUUGGCAUUGGACUGGAGGAAAUAGCACUCCAGAUCCCUUGAUUCUUGCCACCUGGAGGUUCUGUACAGUUAGCGGAAAAUGCCCACAUACUUUUGGAUUGAUCUCGACAACUGAGAUAGGCACAACCUAGAGCAGGAGUCAGCAAACUUUUUCAGCAGGGGACCGGUCCACUGUCCCUCAGGCCUUGUGGGGGACCAGACUAUUUUUUUGGGGGGGGGAAUGAACAAAUUCCUAUGCCCCACAAAUAACCCAGAGAUACGUUUUAAAUAAAAGGACACAUUCUACUCAUGUAAAAACACGUUGAUUCCUGGACCGUCCGCGGGCCAGAUUGAGAAGGCGAUUGGGCCGGAUCUGGCCCCCAGGCCUUAGUUUGCCUACCCAUUACCUAGAGUGCUCCUUCCAUGAAUGGGAGGCCACUUUCUGUUCAGAGAAUGAGAUCCAGUGCAACUUCCGUUCUGAGGAAAAAGAGGGGAGACAGUUUUCACCAGUUCCCCCUCUACACAACCUCCCCAAGUACACUGGGGGGCUCCCCCAACUAUCUAGACCAACUUUUCAGUAGGCAGACUCCUUCUGUAUCUUCUUGGCGGAGUUCCAGUUGUUGUAAUUCUAUAUCCAAGCUGGUGCAUGUGAAUUUUUUAAUGGAUAUUAAUUUUUGGCUUCUAUAAGGACCACCAGUUAGGUGUUAUUUUCUUAACUACUUGAUGUAAUUAAUGGAGCAAGGCACUGGGACCAGGAAGUUUUGAGUUCCUAUCCUAAACCACACACAUUUUUCUCACAACCUUAGCCCUAUUCAGGUAUUCAUCCUAGAUAAGCCCUCUUGACUCCUGACUUUUGCUUAUCAAACUACCACACUAUUCCUGAUCUAGACUUGAAUACCUGAAGAGGGCUCGUUUCUGUGAGGAGGCUGGGACCAAAAGGGAUGGCUGGUGUUCCUUCCCUCCUUUCUGCUGAUCAUUCAAGUCUGUGGGUCCGUUUCCCUGCCACCGCAAACUAGAAACAAACCUGAUUUUACGCCCUCUUUCUCUCCCCCCACCCAGGACUUGGAAAAUCAGAUGCACAUAGCCGAGCAGAGGAGAAGGACCCUGCUGAAGGACUUCCACGACACAUAAAGUAGCAGGAGAUGUCAGGGCGCAGGGGUGAGCGCAAAGAGCGAGGUGGCGGUGAGAGCAGCAGCAGAAGCAACACGAGAAGCUGGCCCCCCGCCCCCACCCCAGAGAAGGGCUGAGGACAACACGGCUGCCUCCCCUUGCAAGCCAGACACGAGCUAGCACCACAGCUUAGUCUUCUCUUUUCUCUUCUCUUUCUGCUUUUCGUUUUUGCCAGGCUAGAGGCUGGAGUUCAGAUUUGGCACCUUUUUUUCUGGGACGUUUUCCUCCCCGUCUCUUGGAUUAUUCUGGGAAGGAGUUCUUUUAUUUUAUUCUUCUUCUUCUUCUUCCUCCCCCCGAAUGGCUGUUAAUAGUGUUAGAUCAUUACAAGCCUAUGUAAUUUUCAAACGGUUGUACAAUUAUACAAAACAAACCCUAGAAUAACACACAACCCUUUUUAAAAAAUAAAUUGGAAUUGGAGUGUUUCCUUUUUAAUAAGCUGCUUGUAAACUAAAUGGCUGCUUUCUUCUUUUCCCUCCAAAUCCUCUUUUGCGCUGAAAGCUAUGAAAUAGUACCAGCUGUCUGUUUGGCACCUCUUAUGUGCGCUCUGCUGCUUGCCCUGUGACUACAUGAGGUGAACCGUGCUAGCCUAGGAGACAACAGCAGCGGCCAGAGGUCAGCGUACGGUCGAGUAGCUCUCCUAUUCUUCCCUAGCUAUGCAAGGGCAGUUGGGCAAAGUUCAGGCCAGCAUGGGAAACAGUCGUGGUCCUGCUGUCCCAUCAGCUUUAGGUUGUCUCCUGCGUGGAUUAGUCGCUUUGUUUCUCUGGACUGAUCUCAUCUGCCAAAACUAAAAUCAUUUGAGGGGUUAUGGGAACACACAACCUUGCCUCUCGGUAGCAUUGUAGCAGGCACUGGCUUUGCUUGGAGGCAAAAGGACAAGCCACGUUCCAUCCAUGCCUUGCGUAUCUGUGCAGUCCAGUCAUACACAACCUGAUCCUUGACAUGGCUGUAAGGUGAUACGUCAAGUCUGGCCCCGUCUUGCCCUGACAAGACCAGACUUCCUCACUGUGUAUUGAGGGAAAGCUGUUACACUUAACAUGAUGCAUGGUAAGGAGGGUGGGGUGGAGGGGGUUAACCAAAACUUGGCAGCCUAAGACAAGUCCUGAGAAACAUGUGCCAAUGGUAAACUUACACCACUGCCCUAGAAACUACGGCUGGCUGAAAAACAGCUAGCAGAAUUGGUGAGAAUGAAGCUUAAUGAAUAUUAAGGAGUUGUAUCCACCACUAGUCCUGCUUGAAGUUGACCAUUCAAAUUGAUGGGCCUGAUUUAGUCCCAUUAAUUUCAGUAGGACUUGGUCAGGUACAAACCUAUGUUCACGGGUGGCUUAUUAUUAGUACACUUGAAUGUGUAAAAGGUCAGUUUUUCCUCCAUUCAUGUGGGAGGUCAGCUUCGAAACAGUAAAAAAAGUGCAGUGUAGGUUAUGUACAGCGCAUGGUCAACAUGGUUGCUUAAGUUGAUUAUCCACCUAGAAAAGAAGACGGAACAGCUGGCCCUCUCCUGAAGUUACUCUGAUUCAAUUUGAAAUAAGAACACCUUGCUACCUGUUUACAAAAAAAAAUAAUGUUGCACUGAACUUUUGUUUGUACAUUGAUUGAUGAUCUUUUUGGUUUGGACAAGGGAGGACUGGCAAGCUAGGAUCAUUACUCUGUGCUUUAUGCACCUACCUUUCUGGCCUUUCAGCGGGAGCUAUUUAAUUAGCAUUUCUGGAUGUUGACCUAGCUCUUGGGGGGGCAAUCUGCCAUGCCACCCUUUCACCCUUCACGUGCUGCUAAUACUACCUCAAGCACUCCAAGAAAAAUGAUUAUACCCACUACCUGCUUGCUUCCUUAGUAAAUGACCCCAGGACCUUUUUAAUAUUACUCUCUUCCUACCCCAUUGCCAGUUAACCACAGAUUACGCAAGCAGGACCUUGAAGGGGUGUGUGUACUAGGCUAAGAAAAAGUACCGUGAAGAGAAACUCUUCUCUCCCCGCGCCCCCGCCCCCAUUUCCUGCUCUGUUCACCUUUUAUAGGUCUCUUGUAGCUGAUGUGGCACGAUGACUUCAUCAGGCUUGCUCCUUUUAACCCAUGUCUUACCUGCUGUAAGCGGAGAUCAUGUGAUUGUGUUCUCUUGGCUGUAGAUGUUUUCCAUUUCUCUGCAUGAAGUCCAAUCUGGGCCUUGAUAUAUAGAAACAGACGAAAACCUUUUAGGAAAGUGCAAGAAGUUUGGCGCGUGUGUGAUUUUAAUUGCACAGUAUGUUAGCAUUCAUUUUGUUAUUGUUUUGAUGAGAUGUGGUGCGUAAAGUGCUAGCACGGGAUUAUUUCAUUAACCCAGCUGCAGUUGGAUAAAGAUAAGCCUUGUGGCCAGAAGAGCUGUGGGAGGGUAUGGCUUACGACUUAUUCCUGUGAAAUGCUGACCUGAUCUUCCUUGCUAGCUUAACACAGUGUUCAGCCUUUGAAGGACACGAGGAUCUUUUUAUCUUUAAACUUUGCAUUCAGACUGAGCGGUGGGUCUCAUUGAAUCAGAGAAGUUAAGUCACACAUGUUUUCUGUAGCUCAGAACUGUCCAGUGCGAAAGGGAGUGAUGUGCGGCUUGCACUUACAUCUGACAUCCAGUUGUAGCUGGUCAACUUGAUGGUAGCACAUUGACAACUUUCAAUGUUAAAAAGUCAUGUUUUCUAAACUUGUAGCCUCCACAUGGCUGGCACCAACCCCGUACAGUGCUUUUAGAUGUGCUAUAUUAAGCCAGUAUUGCACCACGUAUUAAUAGCUGCCUCCCAGUUUAGAGCAGGUAGCAUUCAUAUAUGUAUAAACUAACACUUUUAAGUCCCAGACAGUUGACAGAUCAGCAUUUUUAUUCUUCCCCCGAUACAGGCUUCCCUGUAUUAGAAUUCCAUCAUUUUGCCAGAGAGGUUUUGCUACUGAUAAGAAUAGGCUGUGCUAUAGGAAAGUAUCCUCUUCACUCUGGAAAAAGAAGCUAAUGGUUCUAAAGCAGAACUCAACACAGUUUGUUGCCUCAGAAAAUCCUUGCCAUUCUGCAACAAGCUGGUAGCAAUAGCAAGACAGCAAUGAAGAAUUAGCAGCAUCUGAGCUCAGAGUAUAGGUGCAUUUCCCUCAUACCAGGCGAACAUCCUAAACUGGGAGCUCUUUGUCUCUUUCUGUAAGGCUUGACUCUCAGCCAGCCUGGCAGCUGUUGUCAUCCUAUCACUCUUACUUUUUAAAACUUGGCUUGAUUCACCUUCAAUGCUGGCUUUGUUUUGGUUUUCGCUUACAUUUAGUAUUACCUGCCACAGUUUUCUAUAUAAAAGAGAUACAAAACUGUCUUUGCACAACUUCUGAUACUGAACAAACCGAGCUCUCAAGUUACACCACAUCUCCUGGCAAACAGAAGUCUCUGUAACUCAAAAGCUUGCAUACAUACACCAAAAGAGGCUGUUCAAUAGGAGAGAGAUCCUCUAAUCCAGAGAUGGGAAAACUUUGGCCUUGCAGAUGUUGCUGCUCACACCAUCCCUGACCAUUGGCUGUGCUGGCUGAGACUGAUGGGAGUUGGGAGUCCAAUAGCCUCUGGAUGGCCAAAAGUUCCCUAUCCCUGCUCUAAUCAAGUUUUAUACUUGCUCUCUCUAUAGCACUCCUUCCUCUGCAGCAGCGACCAGUUUUCUGUUGACAACCUAAAUUUAUGUCAGCUGUGUGCCAUGCGACUUCUUCAGGAAGAACUGGAGAGUUCUCUUAUUUUUGCACUGUCUCAAUUCAUUCAAAACUUGUUUUUGUUUCAAAAACCAGAUUUCAUUUCUCAAUAGCUUUUUCUAGGAAAGUUCUUAUGUGUGCUCACUCAAGUCUGGACUGUUCCAAGUUUUCAGGUAGUAGCUUCUGCUAUGGGAGCUUUUUAUUAUUAUGCAGAGUGCUACAUUAUCAUGGCUGCCUUUGCUCUGUCCCUCACUGAGGUAUGGGUGGGGGGGAAGCAACCUCAAGAAACUGCCAACACUUUUCCGGCAUUAGGAGGGGAAGGGGCAAAGGAAAGAGCCCUUGCAGUUUCCCUCUCCUGAAAUUGUUUAUUUGAAAUAAAUUGUGAAUUUCUAAUUUUAAAUGUGCGUAGUGUCUUUUUUUCCUCUCUCCCUUACUGAUGCAGCAUUUCCCAUUAUACAGUGAAAAAGGGGGUGAGGAAGAGAAAUGUUUAGAGUUUUAGUACAAACUGGGAGCUGCUUGAACAGUACCACCGAUUUCCAGCAACCUAUUAAAAUAGGUUCAGCCUUUCACAUGCAUGCAAGCAAGCCAGUCCCCAAUCCAGUUUUUUUGUUCUCUCCAAAACAUGGUUUUGUGUUCAACUUCCUCGUUUAUUUAUUCAAAGCAUUUAUAGCCUGCUCACUAACUUGAAAAGGUUUGUAGAGUGGCUUACAUGUCAAAUAGCAAGCCUGAAGGCAGGGAAUGUGCUCUGUAAAAAGACACUUAUAC